GCACUAUAGCAGUUAGCUUCUCCAGAAGCAAUCCAUCACAUUGCUGGGCAUCGGGUCAGAUGUUGAAGACAGAGGGAAGGGGCCUCUGGGUUCAGCAGCCUCUGCCAUGUCGAAAGUAGCUAGCUUAUCUUACAAGAAGAGCCAACAGCUCUUGAAAUCCUUGUGCGACCAGCAACGACAAUCCCUGGGCACUGGGUUUGAGAGUGCCAAUAUCUUCCUUUCACCCAAGUACCACCUCAGAGACAAGGAUCUGAGAAAGAUCCACAAGGCUGCGCGUGUCGGGGAUGCAGCCAGAGUGCAGCAGCUCCUGCUUGGGAAAUGCGGUGUGGAUGACAGAGACAAGAAGAAGAGGACUGCCUUACACAUUGCCUGUGCUUAUGGUCACCCAAAAGUAGUGAUGGCCCUGAUACAGGGAAAGUGUGAUAUUGAUGCCAUUGACAGUGACAAGUGCACAGGUCUAGUGAAGGCUGUGCAAUGUCAGGAAGAGGAAUGUGCCACCAUUCUGCUGGAGAAUGGUGCUGACCCAAAUAUUGUGGAUGCCCAGGGCAACAGCGCUCUCCACUACGCUGUCUAUUAUAAGAAUACAUCACUGGCUGCAAAACUGCUUGAACUUGAAGUGAAUAUUGAAGUGAUAAAUAAGAGUGGCUUCACACCAUUUUUACUGGCUGUCAGUGAAAACAAACUGAAGAUGGCAAAAUUUUUAUUAAUGAAGAAUGCUAAUAUACAUGCAAUUGAUAACCAGAAAAGAACAGCCCUCAUGCAUGCUGUAAGUCACGAUUCAACAAACCUAGUCAGAUUUGUUCUUCAGCAAGGUGUAGACCUCUUUUUGAAAGAUGCUUUUGGAUUGACUGCAAUCGAUUAUGCUGCUGAUUUUAAAUUCAAUUCCAACAUGGAAAUCCUUCUUGAAUAUAAAGAAAAGAUGUAUGAAGAGCUUGAAAGAGCCAACCUAGUGGAGGAAAAUUCUGAGGAUGACUCUUCCAGAAGGAAGGACCAACAGAGCCAGGAAUUGAAAAAAAUGGAAAAGGAAGGAUUGGCAGAGCCAGGAGCAGGAAGAGAAGAACAAGAGCCAGCUGGAGAGGCGAUGUCAGUGGAAGAAACAAGGAGGCUUGAUGGCAGAGGAAAUGGCCAGCAUCAGGAAGUUGUGACAGAGCCAAGGACUAGAAAAGAAGAGCAAGAUAUGACAUGCACAUUAGCCAUAGGAAAAAAGGAUGAAGAUGAAUCAUCUUGGGAUUCUGAGAGUGUCUCUGAGAGUCUUCCACUUAUUCGCAUUGGUGUUGAUGGAAUGUUACAAGUAAAUGGCCAAGCAGUAGAAAAUCCAGAAAAAUAUCUUCAUUGGCUGCCUAACAGAAAAAUGAAAGAUUCUGUCCCUGAUCAAAUUAAAGGAAUCAAGGAUGAACAACCAUUUACAUCAGCAGAGCCCGGCCUAGAAUUGACUUGGGAGGAAAAGCACAAAGGGCUUCCCAGAAAUGAAGAAAGGCCAUGUCAGAUUGAAGAAGAAAGGAAGCAGGAAAUGAAUGAAGGGAAAGCAUCAGAGAACCUGUGUGCUGCUGCUCUUGACCAUGGUGACAGUGGGUCACCUCUAACAAGGAAGAACGGGAAGCCUGGCUCCCAGCAGAUUCCUCGUACAGACAACAAAGAGCAGGAUGGUGGUUCAGCCUUGAAUAUAAAAGAAGAAAAGAAAAGAGGAUGUGAAAAAUGGUCUUCUGGAGACUUUGUGACUGAACUGACAUCUGAGAAGUUUGAGUUGGCAGCUGAUCUCCUGAGAGUGAAGGAUACUUGGAGUUUAAAUGACAGCAACCCAAGUAAAGGAAGGCCUGCAAAGGAAGAAUCAAAGGAAAAGCACAAGGUAUUAGAAAUGAAUGCUAUGGAAGACACUGAUGACCUAACUCAGUCAUCUGGGCAGUGCUCAGAGGAUGAGGCAGACCUGUGUUCCAAAAGACAGCAAGCACAAACUGAAAAGGAAUCCUGUGAGCUACUUUCAAGGAAAACUGGAAACAUGGAAAACAGUGUAGCGGGAGAAGAGGUGUUGAAAACAGAGCCAGUGAGAUCCAGAGCUGCAUUAAAACAAAAAGAUUAUAAAGAGGAUGAAAGCAUGAAGACACUGUUGCCAGGAAAAGAUGAGCUUCAUACUGGAGACUCUGAAAUUCAACAAUAUGGCAUGGCUCUGGGGACCCUGCACAUGAAAGCAAAACAGAUUUUGGAUCAGUUGCAAGAGGCCCAGGAUCGACAAAGAGAAGCUAUACAGAGUUCUCAGAAGAUGCAGGAUUUCAUGCAAAAGCUUCAAGCUGAAUGGUCUGAGGCAGAAGUUAUAAUCCAAGAUCAAGAAAAGAAAAUCGCAGAGCUUUGGAAGCUACAUGCAGGUUUGGCUAGAGACAAAGAGGAACAGCUAAAGAAACUCAACAAAAUCCUAUCAUCUCUGAGGUGUUCUUUGGAUCAAAAGAAGAAUAAAAAUGAAGAAUUAGAGAGGGAGUUUACUGAAAUAAAGAAACACUUAAGAGUAAUGAGAAAGAAAUUGAAUGAUCAUGAAAAUGGAGAAUUUAGUUGCCAUAGAGAUUUAAAAACUAAAGAACUUGAAGUGAACAUUUCCAUGGAUAUGUUAAAAAAUGAGAUCCAUGAACUGAAAGAAAAAUGGGGAACUAUGAACGCCAAAUAUUUACCUCUGAAUGUACAAUUUAAAUACAUUGAGCAGGAAUUGUUAUCAAUAAAAAUAGCACAAAAGUUAUACGAAAAGCUCCACAUGGAUCAGAAGAUUCUGGAAAGAGAUGUACUAGACCCACAGCACCAGCCACAAGAGAACAUGGCAAAAUCUGAGGAUAAAAAACAUGCAAUGGCAUUAAGAGACAGUAACAAUGAUUCAGUAAUGAGUCAAAUGGAACUCAGGAUUAAAAGUCUUGAAUCAGAGCUUGAGAAAAUGAAAGCUGAAAGAGAGUCCGAUGCAAGGAAGGUAGAGAAAUACAAGCAACUUUGCAUCAAAGAGCAGGAACUCAGCAAGAUAUUAUCACAGAAGCUCAACAAGACUAACAGCAAGCUGAGUAAAGUCAGAACAGACAUGCUGCUGGUGACAGGACAGAACAGAGCUAUGCAGAGCUCUCUUAGUACAAGGCCUGUCACAAACCAUAACACUUGUGUAAAAUGCAACCCUAGCUUCAUUCCACGCAGAAACCCAGAGCCUUCUAUAUCCAGCCCUCAGCCUUCUGAGUCUAUGCGGAAGAGUCUGCUCAAGAAGCAGCAAAAACUGGUAAAAGACAUAACUGAAGAGGUGGAUAAAGCUGCCGCUGAACUUGAACAUUGGUCCUUGGAAGCUUAUCCUUCAGGAUUUAAAUAACAAAUCAAGAUCUGCUUUAGGGAGCUAACAAAAAUGUGUACAG